AUGGAAGGGGGGAGCUGCGGUGACGGCACACUAAAAUGGACACAAGCCGGAUUCGCUGUGGAAAGUUGCAGCAACUUUAGGCCGGAUUCCAUGGGGCUUGUGGGAGCUCCCGGGAUAAAAUCGGAAGUGUUCACUGAGAGAAAACCCUCGCCGGAGGCUCUGCCCCCGAGACCCGUCCCCACAGGCUCUGCCCCCGAGACCCGUCCCCACAGGCUCUGCCCCCGAGACCCGUCCCCACAGGCUCUGCCCCCGAGACCCGUCCCCACAGGCUCUGCCCCCGAGACCCGUCCCCACAGGCUCUGCCCCCGAGACCCGUCCCCACAGGCUCUGCCCCCGAGACCCGUCCCCACAGGCUCUGCCCCCGAGACCCGUCCCCACAGGCUCUGCCCCCGAGACCCGUCCCCACAGGCUCUGCCCCCGAGACCCGUCCCCACAGGCUCUGCCCCCGAGACCCGUCCCCACAGGCUCUGCCCCCGAGACCCGUCCCCACAGGCUCUGCCCCCGAGACCCGUCCCCACAGGCUCUGCCCCCGAGACCCGUCCCCACAGGCUCUGCCCCCGAGACCCGUCCCCACAGGCUCUGCCCCCGAGACCCGUCCCCACAGGCUCUGCCCCCGAGACCCGUCCCCACAGGCUCUGCCCCCGAGACCCGUCCCCACAGGCUCUGCCCCCGAGACCCGUCCCCACAGGCUCUGCCCCCGAGACCCGUCCCCACAGGCUCUGCCCCCGAGACCCGUCCCCACAGGCUCUGCCCCCGAGACCCGUCCCCACAGGCUCUGCCCCCGAGACCCGUCCCCUGCCCCCGAGACCCGUCCCCACUGGCUCCGCCCCCCUCCACCCCAGUGGUCUAAGGUCCGUUAGUCAUCACAUCCAAUACAGCGUAUAG